AAAGGCCAAUGUAAUUAGAAGUUGCAGUGUGUGUAGAAGGGCUCCAAAGGGGAACAAUCUGAGAAACUCAAAGAUUUCCUUCUGGGAGAAGUGCUAGAGCAUGAUUGUGGAGGGCAGAAUUAUUUAAGAUUGGAAGUGUAAAAUCCCAACCACAGGGUCUACAAGUAUCCGUAGCAUGGAAACCAGUUGGUUUAGCAAGGUACUACUUCUGCUGAGUGCAUUUGCUAUUCCAUCUCUGCCAGUAGAACGAGGUGCCUUCUGACCAUUUUUGAAGCAUCUUCAUUCAUUGCUGUUGAAGAACAGUAUUUCUCCUAUGCUUUCUGGUCAAUUUUAACAGUAAGUGAGCCUGGAGUAAGAGAGUAAUUCUGACUCUGCUUGCUGUUGGAAGAUGGGAGAGAUAGAAGGAACAUACAGAAUUCUGCAGACGCCGGGCUCUCGUUUGGGUGCCCAGAAGACCUCAGGAGUGAGUACCUUGGAGCCAGGACAGAACCUCUUGACUGCCAUGGCAUCAUCACCUGCCAAAGCACAUGAGCGUGACCUCCCCGUCAAAAUCAAGAUGUUGGACAACACAGUGGAAGUACUUGACAUUGAGUCAAAAUGUUACGGCCAGACGUUAUUGACAGAAGUUUACAAGCAUCUGAAUUUGAUUGAAUCAGACUACUUUGGAAUUGAGUUCCAGAAUAUCCAGUCAUAUUGGAUUUGGCUGGAACCUAUGAAACCUGUUAUUAAACAAGUACGGAGACCAAAGACUACAAUGCUUCGUCUGGCUGUAAAGUUCUUUCCUCCUGACCCAGGUCAGCUGCAAGAGGAAUAUACCAGGUACCUGUUUGCAUUGCAAAUCAAGAGGGACCUGGCAGAGGAGAGACUGACCUGCAGUGACAACACGGCUGCUCUGCUGGUCUCCCACCUUCUGCAGUCUGAAAUAGGAGAUUUUGAUGAAUCAGAAGAUCAAGAACACCUUAAAACAAACCGGUAUUUGCCAAACCAGGAAAAACUUGAAGGAAAGAUCCUGGAGUUCCACAGGAAGCAUGUGGGUCAAACUCCUGCUGAAUCUGACUUUCAAGUGCUUGAAAUUGCCCGGAAACUGGAGAUGUAUGGUAUCAGAUUCCACCUUGCCUCUGACCGUGAGGGCACCAAAAUCAAUCUGGCAGUUUCACACAUGGGUGUGCUGGUGUUCCAGGGUAACACAAAAAUCAAUACCUUCAACUGGUCCAAGGUCCGUAAACUGAGCUUCAAGAGGAAAAGAUUCCUUAUUAAGCUCCACCCAGAGGGCCCCUAUCAAGACACAUUGGAGUUUCUUUUGGGAAGUAGGGAUGAGUGUAAAAACUUCUGGAAAAUCUGUGUUGAGUAUCACACAUUCUUUAGGCUCUUCGACCAGCCAAAGCCAAAGGCUAAAGCAGUGUUCUUCACCAGAGGGUCAUCAUUCAGAUACAGUGGACGAACACAGAAGCAGCUAGUGGAUUAUAUUAAGGACAGUGGGAUGAAGAGAACCCCAUAUGAAAGGAGGCACAGCAAGGUCAGAGCAUCCACUCGCACCUCGAACACAGACGUGCCAAAGCAGAGUGUCCCAUUCACUGAGGGCUUGAGAACUCCAGGGUCUCCUGCCUCAACAGCUGCCCCCUUCCACUCGGUUCACUCCUUGACCAGUCCUGCGUCUGUCCUGCCCAUGUUUGCUGAGCCCAGCCCUUCCUCCUUGGACCCCCGAGCACCAUACACAAGGAUUGCAGACAAAACCACUGCAGCACCAGUGGAAGAAGUGGGGAGGAAGCUGAUGCAGCAGCCUGGAUCUCCCGUGCUCCAAGGCCUCCCUGUGGACCAUGCCCAGCUCUCCUCCCUUGUGCUGAAGAGUCCCCUAGGCUUGAGCCCAGCCUUUCAGGUGAAUGCAGUGGCUCAGGGCUCGUCCCCUCUGCUGAGCCCUGUCCUCAGCGAUGCUGGCGGGGCCAGGAUAGAAGAGGAUGACGAAAUGAAGAGGAAGCGCUGCCCCAGCGACAAGGCUUACUUCAUAGCAAAGGAGAUCCUUGCCACAGAACGCACCUAUUUAAAGGACCUGGAGGUUAUUACAGUGUGGUUCCGCAGUGCUGUGAUCAAGGAGAACGCCAUGCCAGAGGGCCUGAUGACGCUGCUCUUCUCCAACAUUGACCCCAUCUACGAGUUCCACCGAGCCUUUCUGAAGGAGAUUGAACAAAGGCUCUCACUCUGGGAGGGCAGAAGCAAUGCUCACGUGAAAGGGGAUUUCCAGCGCAUCGGAGAUGUCCUGCUCAGGAACAUGCGCACUCUGAAGCGCUGCCCCAGCGACAAGGCUUACUUCAUAGCAAAGGAGAUCCUUGCCACAGAACGCACCUAUUUAAAGGACCUGGAGGUUAUUACAGUGUGGUUCCGCAGUGCUGUGAUCAAGGAGAACGCCAUGCCAGAGGGCCUGAUGACGCUGCUCUUCUCCAACAUUGACCCCAUCUACGAGUUCCACCGAGCCUUUCUGAAGGAGAUUGAACAAAGGCUCUCACUCUGGGAGGGCAGAAGCAAUGCUCACGUGAAAGGGGAUUUCCAGCGCAUCGGAGAUGUCCUGCUCAGGAACAUGCGCACUCUGAAGGAGUUCACCAGUUACCUGCAGAAACACGACGAGGUCCUGACGGAACUGGAGAAAGCAACCAAACGCCUCAAGAAGCUGGAGAUGGUUUAUAAGGAGUUUGAGCUGCAGAAGGUUUGCUACCUGCCCCUCAACACCUUUCUGCUCAAACCCAUCCAGAGGCUGAUGCACUACAAGCUGAUCCUGGGGAGGCUGUGCAAGCACUACACAGCAGAGCACCGGGACUUCGCCGACUGCCGCAGUGCCCUGAAGGAAGUCACAGAAAUGACCUCACAGCUGCAGCACAGCCUCAUCCGCCUGGAGAACUUCCAGAAGCUUACAGAGCUGCAGCAUGACCUGAUUGGGAUAGACAAUCUCACAGCACCUGGCAGGGAGUUUAUCCGGGAAGGUUGCUUGUACAAGCUCACUAAGAAGGGCUUACAGCAGCGGAUGUUCUUUCUGUUCUCAGAUAUGUUACUGUACACAAGCAAAGGGGUCACAGGGACAAAUCAGUUCAAAAUCCACGGACACCUCUCUCUGCAUGGCAUGUUGGUGGAGGAGAGUGAGAAUGAGUGGUCUGUCCCACACUGCUUCACAAUCUAUUCUGUACAGAAAACCAUAGUGGUGGCAGCCAGUACCCGCCUGGAGAUGGGCAAGUGGAUGGAAGACCUGAAUGUGGCAAUUGAAAUGGCCAAGAAAUCUACAGAGAAAUCUGAGAUGUUUCUGGAAAACUCCGUGUGCAACCGCUCCAACAGAUCCUCUGAUGAGGUCUCUGUAGAACAGGAGUCCGAAGAUGACAUUCACUCCUCCCGUAGCUCCUUGGACAGGCAGAGCCACCACCGUGCCAACACCACCAUGCACGUGUGCUGGUACCGCAACACCAGCGUCUCCAUGGCCGACCACAGCGCGGCCGUCGAGAACCAGCUCUCUGGGUAUUUGCUGAGGAAGUUCAAGAACAGCAAUGGCUGGCAGAAACUGUGGGUUGUCUUCACCAACUUCUGCUUGUUCUUCUACAAGACACACCAGGAUGAUUAUCCCCUGGCCAGCCUCCCCCUGCUUGGCUACACAGUCAGCUGCCCUGUGGAGGCGGAUGGGAUUCAGAAGGAUUAUGUCUUCAAGCUGCAGUUCAAGUCCCACGUGUAUUUCUUCAGGGCUGAGAGCAAAUACACCUUUGAGAGGUGGAUGGAGGUGAUCAAAAGAGCUACCAGCUCUCCUGCUCGGUCAAGCCUGCUGCUUCCCAAGGAGAAGGACACUCACACAGACUGACGUGGGGCAGAGCUGGAUCUCUGCUGGCAACACCAACAAAACAAGCAGGCAGGAACAGGAGGCUCUGGAGUUGACAAAGCAAAGACCCAGGAGGCUCAUUUCCCCAGUAUGGCAAGUGGGAGUGAGGGGCUGCAGACAGGGAUCACAUCCAUUCCCAAUGGUGUGGAAGAGGGUCAAGUCUGUUCCAGCUGAACCUACUUAGAGAGAACCCAACAACAGCAGUGCUGGGUGCACACAUCAAGGAAGGGUUCUUGUCCAUUGUACCUGUACAGUGACACCUUUACCUGCCCUGAAGGCAGGUACCACCUUUGUUUUACAUUUUGACUGGAUGAUCAGCACACACGGGAGAAAACCAGCAGCUUCCAGGGGUGUAGCUGGCUGGCAGCAGUGGGUGCCAGGGUUCCCUGUCCCUGGUGCUCGUGGGGCUGGCAGCACACCCUGUCCUGCUGCUGCUGUAACCAUCAGCCUGCUGGCACAGCUGCCUCAGACAAACAGGAACACAGCAUGUGCUGGCUCACACACAGCUCAUUCUGAACAGACACUGCAGCUCUCCCAGAACAGCUCUGCUCCUCAGGAGCUGCCAAGGCAGCAGUUUCCAGGCAAGCAGGAAGACUGAGUCUCUGCUGAGCUGUCGAGGUGUUGGUGGAUUGUGGAUCGGUGCAGGGGGGUGCAUGGUUUGUCCUCUGAACUCAAUCACUGUUCUCAUAUCACAGCUCCAGUUUCUUUAUCCUGUAGUAGGAGUUAAGUAAGGCACGGGAUGGCAAACACUCUCCACUCUGGUGUGGGUGAUGUUUUCAAGGCAUUUAAGCACUGUAGGAGAACAAACCUCUGAAAGUCACCAUUGCUUGUGUUUUUGUCAUGCAAAGAAAUGAAAAUCCCUAAUCUAUUUCAGUUUGGGGUGGGAUCCAUCCUCUGUUUCUCUUAAAAGUCACUGGAUUCCAGAUGCAGCAUUGGUGUCUGUGGACUCUAUUAAAUUUCUGUAUUAAAUCUGAAAUGUUUGCAGCUUCUUCUCUUUGUAAAGCUGUCACCUUUGGGUGCCUCCACAGAAGGACUGACAUUCGCUAAGUGCCACAAGAUGCUGUUGGACGUGGCUUUGAUGGGCUGUGGGGACUCUGAUUUCUAUUAGAUAGAAAAGUGUUUGUGUACUAAUGGAAGGAACAAUGCAGUGAAGCAGUGAAAGCAAAAGGAAAGUGUUGCACGCUGUGAGGAUGGAGGAAUGUGGAGAUCCCAUGGGACAAUGGGAUGGACAGAGGCCAGCACGAGUGUUCACUUAUGGUCUCAAGCAUUUGUGGGAUGAGGACUGAAGGGAGGGGGAGUCCAGAGGGAUUUUCUUGCUUGGCAUUUGCAUCCUAGAGGAGUGACUGCAGAUCCAGCCUUUGCCACCGCUGUCACGAAGACCAUUGUCCUAUCUAAGUUAAAUGUACUUAAUUUAUUAGCAUCUUCAUUUAUUAUUUUUUAAUUACCUGUUGUAGGUGUAUCCAUGUGGAUUGAUUAGACAUGUUAUACUGUGGCUGAAUAUGACUGUUCAAAGUAAAUAGCAUCUUGAUAUAAAA